GAAAAAAACAAAUGAAAACGGAUUGCAAAUUAUGAUUGAAUCGUAGAUUUUUAAUUUUUCCCAUCAGCACUGACGAAUAAUGUAUAAAAAUAGCUUCUGCAAUUAUUCCACAGGACACAUAUUUUACACAUUCCCAAUAUAAAUGGUUACUGCAAGCUGUUUUUCCGUGCACAUAAAUGAAUCUUUUAAAUUAUAUCUUUACGGCAAGGGACUGCCAAGGCUUUUUCCGCACAUUUAAGGAAUAAAAUGUGCAAUCAGAAUGUCUGGAACGAAUAUGAGCUUCGGAACCUCCUGUAUUUGAAGCUGUAUAAACAUUUUAUACAUUUUAUACAUUUUAAACUUGUACUUCCACUUGACCACAAGUGUUACAGUAGAAAUAAUAACGAUAAUAGUAGAUACAAAGUUAGAUGGAACGUCGAGCUAUUGACACAACACUCCGGAUGAUUACGGAAAAACAUUUCGCCAGACGGGUGUUAAAGCUGAGGGCCGAGGAAAUAGCACCGACUCACGUAGACAAGUAUCUUUUUAUAUGGUAUAGUGUAUACUGUAGAUUGUAUAUUGUAUAUUGUAUCUUGUGUUUUGUAUCUCGCUUUCUGUACUCCGUAUCUUUCGCCUGUCAGAACGCUCUGCGUGCGUGCUGGCGAGAGUUUUGUGGGAAACACUUUUCAAGAUUAAAACAAAAAGAUUUAAGUGAAUUAUGCCAAAGUUAUUUGCCUGCUGGUGCGGCUCACGCACUCGACACUAUCCUCCGAGAAAGGCACAUUAUGCCACAGAUACUGGUCGUGUAAUAUAAAUAUGUAUGUGCAAGCAAAUAAAUUCUGUACAAUCGAGCUCGAAAAAAUAGUGGUCCACAAAGCCAUAUCAACACAAUUUUAUAUUUUACAGCAAAGUUUAGGGAACACAGCAAUCUCAAUAGGAAAUAAAUUAAAUUUAAAUAAAGCAUGUUUUGCAACUAAUUCCUAAUUAAGUUCAUUCAUUACAAUAUUCUAAGCAUAUGUCAUCGAAAAUGUACACAUCAAGCCAAAACACUUUUCUCAAAAUUAUUGGCAAAACAUAUUGGCAUAGGUUUGCCGGGAGUUUCCUUGUUGUUUUGAACGAAUCUGUAUUUUUGUGGUGGGCAGACAUGAGUUUGUUUAUUUAUUUAUACAGCCUGGAAUAUCUUUGCCUUCGAGUUUUUCCCCUUUGGCCAGUGCAGAUUUAUGCGAACGCAUGUUUACUGUCGAGUUUAUUAGAUUUGAUUUACUGUCCAGUAAGGUCGGAGAGACCUCAGUUCUGUUUGAGCGUAUUCAGUAGUAUCUCAAAGACUUUCCCCAUCAAGAAACGAAAUCGACUUCCCGUUCUAUACCGCCCAAUAAUUGCAUGUCAUCGGGGCAUCACGCAAGAUGUGUCACUGCCUUCGUUCUGAGGAGGGUGAAAUUUUUAAUUGCACCUACUGCUAGGUGCUAUAAGAACGAAGAUCUUCAAUCCAAAUCCCAGCAUUGCUCCAGGAACCCCGUCACCAUGCAGACCCUCCGGAACUCACUCGCACUUCUCGUCGUCCUUCUGGCGAUUUUGGCCAUCUGCGAAUCGCGACGAAGCGCUUAUCGCUUGCCAAAACUCCAGGGACGAAGUGCCUCCGGCAGUCCUUCGCCCCAGGACGUGGGAUCUGGUCGGGAUUUGAUGAAGAAGUUCAUGCUGAUGCGGGGACUCUUCCAGCAGCCGCCUAGUGACAAUGUGAUCGUUAUCACGCAGCCAUCGAGCACAACAACCACGACCACGCCCACUGGCUCGCCCACGACAACCACCUACACAACGACCACAACCACACCCACGUCCAACAGUACGGGUCGAUCCCUGCUGGAGAGUAUGCAUCUCGAGGAGCCGCAGGAUGAGGAUGAGGAUGAGGAUGAGGCCCAGGAUACUCUAGUGACCACAAUGACUGGCAGGGCGCUCGAGGAUCGUCUGGAUCUCCCGGAUGCCGAGGAGGAGCCGCAGGAGGUGGUGUCCCACAAGAAGCCACAAAAACCGUUGCAAUGGUCGCAGAAGUUCAAUCUAAAGAGCGCACGGUUAAACAGAAAAAAGAACUUGGUGAAGAAGACCCAUCGACGGGUCCACAAGCAUCCGCAGAAAAAGAAGAGACAUCAAAAGAGGAAGCUGAACAAAAAGCAGUCGGCGAAUCAUCAGCAACGCAACGCGGAACCAGCGGUCAACUUUAUCGAACCCUAUCACAACGAUCGAAGCCAAUCCCAAGAUGGUGGUCAGUCCCCCUCCGAUUCUCGAUUGCAGCGCAUCUGGCGGCGCUUCCAAAUCGCCAACUAACUUGCCCAGUAGCAAUUGGUAGCAAUACAUAUUUUUUUUUCUAUUUUUUUAAGUGCAAAAACAACAUGGGAGCCAUUUAAAGUCCUAUCGGAUUUAGCAAUGAGCAUUGAAAUUAUACAAGAAGCAUACAUUGACAAAAAUAAAAUAAAUACACUAGGAUUUACUUAAAGUUUUCGUUUAUUUAUUUGCCACUUUAUACAACAUUCUUCAACCUUCUGGUUUAAUGACGUCCAUUCCUACUCCUUGAAUUUAAAUUUCAGCGACAUUUUUGCGUAACUCUUCGCUUGAAAAGCAAAGAACAAAGGUGUGCUGACAAAUAAUGGAAUAUCUUGAAGUGGUUUAAAAUUUCAUUUUGCCAUAUUUUACGACAAAUUGGGCAAGAACAAAAGGCACUUGUCCAUGGAUGUAUGUAUGUACGUGCGUUUGUGCAGGUAUUUUAUAUAAACGUUUGACCCUGAAAUUUUUCGCGUGGCAUGUAAAACAAAAUGGUGCGACCUGAAAAAUCCUUUCCCCCUUUCCCAUUUUUUUUUGCAAACAAUUGAUAAGCAAGGGCAAAAGGUUUGGAUUUGGGCAAGUCAACGACUUGCCGCACAAUUUUAUAUAAAUAAGAAUAGGGCACCGGGGACCAGACGAAAUAUGGGAACUUGAUAUCCUGCCGCCGACUGUGGCAAGUUCAAGGAUAUCUCACCCGCCCAUAAACCAUGAAAAUUCAGAAAAUAAACCGUGAACCGGACCCGAAAACCGACUCAAAGGACUGUGACACGUGCACAGAAAGAACGUACUAGCUUAUGAAUUGUAUAAUUUACAUUAAAACAUCAUUCCUUACUGGAAAACCAGUUUUCCAAGAAAAUAUUUGGAAACCUUUGCUACCCAACACAAAUAUGAUUUCCCAGAAGAAUUUCUUAUUAUGCUGGCAUGCCCUGAUUAUGCCACAAACAUUUUUCAGUGUGCAACUCUUGUACAUUUCUUCGCUUUCUCCCGUCGUCUGUGCUUAUUUUUUCAAUACCCAAAAUUUGUGCAAAUUGGCAAAUUACGCAUAAAUAGCGAAGAGAAGGAGACAAGCAGCUGUCUUGAGGGGAAUCGAACCUCUUGGCGCUGUCAGGUUCUGUGAAAUUUAUCUGCAGAUCGUGGAGAUUGG